UAGACAGGUCAGGUGCGGAUUGCAGACGGAAGCGGAAAUUGUAGUUCUUUGCAGAUCCCUGAAAGCAUCCCGAAGGAUCAUUUUUCCCCCCAGAUCUGUGUGUGCUGGGACCCAAUGUUGUCGUGGAGAGAGACGAACAGAAUGAGCAUCCAGUGAGAGCAGAUCGAAAGAGAGACCCACUUCUUUGACAUCACCCCCAGUCAGUUGUAUUUCAAUAGGGCCUUGUGGUUUGAGACACCCCAUCAGGCACCAUGACGUCCUCUAUGCUACGCCGACAAUUGAAGAACCUCGUUCAGAACUUCUCUGAGGCUGAGGUCAAGGUGAGGGAGGCCACCUCCAAUGACCCCUGGGGCCCCUCCAGCUCGCAGAUGGCCGACAUCUCGGACCUCACCUACAAUGUGGUGGCCUGCAACGAGAUCAUGACCAUGCUGUGGAAACGCCUCAAAGACGACAAGAACUGGAGGCACAUCUACAAGUCGUUGACCCUGCUGGAGAACCUGUUGAAGACGGGCUCAGACCGCGUUCUGAAUACGAUGAAGGACAACAUCUACAUUGUGAAAGCGCUAACAGAGUUCCGUUUCCAGGACAAGGAUGGGAAAGAUCAGGGGGUGAACGUGAGGGAGAAGGCCAAGGUAGUACUGGUUCUUAUGGAGGACGACGAGAAACUAAAGGAAGAGCGAGAGUCUGCGCUCAAGACCAGAGACAAGAUCUCAAAGAACGCCACUGCCUCCUCGGACGACCCCAACGACCCCAAGGACCCCAACUACAAGCCAGUGUAUGUCCCAGGAGCCACCGGGCUCCCCUCCCUGGCCAACAUCCCGUCUGUGGCUGAUCUCGCCGCCAGCUUUGAGGCCAAGAAGCAAGAAAAACUGAGACUAGAGGCCCAGAAAAAAGAGGAGGAACGAAGGUCGAAGAUGACCAAGGAAGAGCUUGAGUGGGAGGAUGCCGCCAAAGCAGGAAAAGUUGCUGACGCCUUUUGCGGGGCAGAUGCGCCAUCAGAGGAGGAUGCAUGGGGUGCAGCAGCCAAGACACCCGCUCCUGAUCCUUGGGGGGUUGCGUCCAAAGCUCCAUCCGAGGAUGCAUGGGGCGGAUCAUCCAAAGCUCCAUCCGAGGAUGCAUGGGGUGCACCAUCUAAUGCUACAACAGAAGAAGCAGAUCCUUUUGCGGCACCAGCCAGUACCCCAACAGAUGGUUCAGAUCCUUUUGCGGCUACAAUAGAUGGUUCUGAUCCAUUUUCUGCACCAUCCAAUGCAUCAUCUAAAGUUGAAGCUGAUCCGUUUGGGGCACCAAAAGAUGAUCCCUUUUCAGCACCAUCCAAUACAUCAAAAGAUGGUUCCGAUCUGUUUGGGGCACCAAAAGAUGAUCCCUUUUCAGCACCAUCCAAUACACCAAAAGGUGGUUCCGAUCUGUUUGGGGCACCAAAAGAUGAUCCCUUUUCAGCACCAUCCAAUACACCAAAAGGUGGAUCUGAUCCGUUUGGGGGACCAAAAGAUGAUCCCUUUUCAGCACCAUCCAAUACACCAAAAGGUGGUUCUGAUCCGUUUGGGGCACCAAAAGAGGAUCCCUUUUCAGGACCAUCUAAUAUGUCUAAAGAUGGAGCCGAUCUGUUUGGGGCACCAACAGAGGAUCCAUUUUCGGCACCAUCCAAUAUGCCAAAAGACAAUUCCGAUCCUUUUGGGGCCCCAUUGAAUACCCCAACGAAAGGUGCUGAUCCUUUUAGGGCACCAUCCAGUCCACCAACCGAGGCUUCAGAUGCGUGGGGUGCUCCAUCCAAUCCACCGUCCGAAAAGAAGGCUGAUCCCUGGGGAGACGAGGGAACCACAGCUGCCUCUCCCCCCGCAGAUCCAUUUGGCGAUGGCUCGAAGGCUGAUGAUGACGCAUGGGGACCACCAGCAUCGACUCCGCCCACCGCCAGUGACCCUUGGGGUGCAACUGCUGCUCCCACAGACACAGCAUCGACAAAUGACCCCUGGGGAGAUGGAGGAGUUUCCACCACUACAGACACUAUGAACUCUGACCCAUGGGGAGCUCCAAGUAAUGGCACAGUCGGCAAUUGAUGUGUCCUGGGACAAUGGAGCCGCCGCAGACGAAAACAACAAAUCGCCAGCUUCGUUCCUUGGCGCAGGAGCUUCACUCGUGAACAUGGACUCACUCCUCUCCUCCGAACCCAAACAACCCCCCCUCAACGUCCUUGCCAAGCAACAAAGUAAGGACGGGUAAAUGAAAGAGAGACCAGGGGAGAGAGAGAGGGAAUAUAUAUUUAUCCAUUCAUUUAAAGCAGUGCUUGUGAUUCAGUGUUUUGACUAGGUCUUCCUACCCCUAUAGUGGAUAACUGUUGUGUGGGUCAGCAUUGGUAGUUGUAGUCACUUACAGUACCAGUCAAAUGUUUGGACACACCUACUCAUUCAAGGGUUUUUCUUUAUUUUUACUAUUUUCUACAUUGUAGAAUAAUAGUGUAGACAUCAAAACUAUGAAAUAACACAUAUAGAAUCAUGUAGUAACCCAAAAGAGUGAUCGACAAAUCAAAAUAUAUGAUAUAUUUUAGAUUUUUCAAAGUAGCCACCCUUUGCCUUGAUGACAGCUUGGCACUCUCUUGGCAUUCUCUCAACUAGCUUCACCUGGAAUGAUUUUCUAACAGUCUUGAAGGAGUUCCCACAUGUUGAGCACUUGUUGGCUGCUUUUCUUUCACUCUGUGGUCCAACUCAUCCCAAACCAUCUCAAUUGGGUUGAGGUUGUGUGAUUUGUUGAGGCCAGGUCAUCUGAUGCAGCACUCCAUCACUCUUCUUCUUGGUCAAAUAGCCCUUACACCGCCUGAGGUGUGUUGGUUCAUUGUCCUAUUGAAAAGCAAAUGAUAGUACCCCUAAGCGCAAACCAGAUGGGAUGGCGUAUCACAGCAGAAUGCUGUGGUAGCCAUGCUGGUAAAGUGUGCCUUGAAUUCUAAAUAAAUCACUGACAGUGUCACCAGCAAAGCACCCCCACACCUGUGGCGGUCCUCAUGAGAGCCAGUUUCAUCAUUGCGCUUGAUGGUUUUUUGCGACUGCACUUGAAGAAACUUUCAAAGUUCUUGACACAACACAACUGAUUGGCUCAAACACAUUAAGAAGAAAAUAAUGCCACAACAUAACUUUGAUCAAGGCACACCUGUUAAUUGAAAUGCAUUCCAGGUGACUACCUCAUGAAGCUGGUUGAGAGAAUGCCAAGAGUAUGCAAAGCUGUCAUCAAGGCAAAACGUGGCUACUUUGAAGAAUCUCAAAUAUGAAAUAUAUUUAGAUUUGUUUAACACUUGUUUUUGGUUACUACAUGUUUCCAUAUGUGUUAUUUCAUCGUUUUGAUGUCUUCACUAUUAUUCUACAAUGUAGAAAAUAGUCAAAUAAAGAAAAAUCCUGGAAUGAGUAGGUGUGUCCAAACUUGAUCGGUACUGUAUAUAUUUUAAAUAUGUAACCUUUUCACUCCUCCCUCUGUUCUACACUCUCUUGGAAUGUUUUGUACUGUGUAUCCCUCCUCCUCCCUCUCUUGCCACAUUUCUUUUGCCUUUCCUAAUUUCCCAGGCGUUUUACAAGGCCCAGGCCCUAUGGGCAGAGUCACGUCCAUUGCUGGCGUGUCUCGUACUACAAUCCCCCCAAACUCCAGCCUUUUUGCUUCCACCGCUAUGUCCUACGGUGUUACCCACCCCAGCUUUCGGUCCCCCAACCCCAUGCUGGGGACUCCUUUAUCCCAGCUAUCAUCCCAUUCCCUGGGCAUGCCUCGUCCUGGCCUGGCUAUGCCUGCAAUGGGUCCUCAGAUGGCACCCCCCUGUUUUGGAGCUGUGAUGGUACAACCCAAUUGUCCGGGGGUGAUUCCUCAGGCAGGUCACUCUGCAGUGGCCCACUUGGGAGCUUCCACUCCUCCAAUGGGACGCGGGGUCCCUUUGCAGCCACACAUGGUUUUGGACACCGGGAUGGGAGAGCCUCUUCAACAGAACAACAAUCCUUUCCUUUUUUGAAAAGCUACAACCUGCCCAGCUCACCUUCCUCAACCCCAAUAUCUACAAUGGUUAAUAUAAUGUACAUGUCCAAUUUAGGUGUAUGGAACGAUAUGUAAGAAAUUAAGCAAGGCAAAAUAGAAGUAUUUUGAAAUAAUUUUUCAUGGAAAAACAUUCCAUUUUGGUUGAUUCGAUUUUCAUUUAGGUUCUUUCAAGAGUGGGGAACUUAGCGGGGAUCGUAGGAGUUAGAUCCAUUUAGGUCUGGUGUGAUUUUGCUCUUGUGCUGUCCGUUUUCAGUUACGCCGACCAGGUUAUUAUCAAUGCUCGCGUUCUUUAUGCUUGACUCAAAAGGCUCUGAGAGGGAUGGACGGAGGGUUAAGAAGACCUGAUAGCAAUAUUUGUACAAUCAUUACAAAAGCCUACAGUGGGACACGUACCCAUAAAGAACAGGAUGCUUUGUAGAGGCGCUUUCAGGAAGUGUGUGUGUGUGUGUGUGUGUGUGUGUGUGUGUGUGUGAGCGGGCAUGUUUUGUGUGAAGAUGAGGUGAGGUCCUUCAGCAAAAGUAACCAUAACAACAGUAACUUUUUAAAGUCAUUUUUAAAGUUAUAUUGUAUUUUUUAAAUUAAUUUAUUAUCCUAUUUAUUGUAUUUAUUUAUUUAUUUAUUUAUUAAACGAUUUGUUUGUUUCUUGAACACUUGGCCUCCAACAGACACUUUCGAAAAACAAACUAGAGCCAUAUUCAAAUUCAUUCAUAUGACAUUACUGACAGCAAACAUCAAAGUUGUCAUUUUCCCCUGGGUUUCUUGAGUUGAACAGUGACUUUGGUUGGAAAAGGUCAUAUCCAAUUGGAUAGAACCCUAAUCAUCCACAUUAUCAUCCAAUAACCAAUAGUGGCUUUAUUUCCCUUUUAUUAUUUUAUACAUAUGUAUAUGUCUACUUAUUUUCUUGUGUUCGGGAACAAACACAUUGUAUACAAAUGAAAGCUGGAUUUGUCAUCCUUUUUUUCUGUCCUGCGAAGCUAUCUGUCAGUUGAAUUUUUUUUUUUUUUGUCAAAUAUUUGUAUUGAAAGACAACAUUCCAUGCAUACUGUACUGUUAAUGUAUCUCUAUUCAGUGAGUUUUCAUCGUAAGGCCUAUUGGAUGCUUGUCAUUCUGUAUUUUUGCAUUCCUUCUUUGGCCUCAAACGAAACGGUCGAAGUACAACAAGACGGCGCACAAAACGUGAAGCGAAAUGAAAGUGGGACUGGAAGUCAACAAAUGAAUUUAUCUGAAUCGUAGUGCAAGUGUAUUAGUAUAGCUACGAUAAAUGUUAUCAUAGCUACUAUUAUAAUUACAUUUUUGUAUGAUCAAUCUUUAUUUUAAUUGUGUAUGUCAAGGCUGUGAUGUAAACUGUGACAGUACACAUUUGAGAAAUAAAAUGAUUCAAUUCCUGAGAGCUCAGCUCUGACUACAGUA